ACACCCAUUUUUGAUUUGACUAGCCUGGCAGCGUUCUGGGUUCGGAUUGGACAGAGAAAUGUCACUUAAUCGUGACUGCACAAAAACAAAAGGAGGCAAUGAAGAUAAAAAACAGAGCAAGCUCGGAGAAUGUGCGAGGCGGAGUGAAGAAGCUCUGAUUGUCUGUCAGUCCCAAGCAGCAGCGAAAACAGCUGACGGGGGAGCGUACACCUUCAAGGACGGGCUGGACUCCUUAAUGACAAGAUGCCGCGAGGAUUUCUAGUAAAAAGAAGCAAGCGAGCGUCCGCCGCAUCCUACAGGGUCCGUAACGACGAGAAGGACCCCCUAAACCGGGAAUACCUGCCUGACAUGGCAGAAAUGCAGACUGUUGCGCACACAGAAGAAGUGCGGCUGCCCCGCCAGGUGCUCGAGACGUCCGAGGAAAACGAAGAGGCUGGAGCGGAUCACGCCGAUCAGUCCCCGAGGGUGGCUACCUCCGAUGAUUGCCCUUUCCUGGCUGAUGUGCCCAACGCAAGGCACUGCUCGCCACAGCAAAACUCGUCCGUGUUCGCCGACAUCUCAUACACCAGUCCGAUCAAACUGGUCGGGACGGAACUGAAGAAGGCACUCUUUGAAAGAUGCCUUAGCUCCCCGGCUUCUGCAGAAUCGUUUCCUACUCCAACCUCAGUGACCCCCAUCGAGAGACUGUUAAUGCACCCUCUGACCUUCUCGGGCUCCGACAUCAAAAUGGACACCCCGGCUCACUUGUAUUCCACGUUCCACCAAGCCAUUAAGCGGCCCUAUGGGGAAUGUACAGAACGAAAAAACAAAGGGCUGGUUAAAAAAACCAAAGUCAUGAGGAAACUGAACUUCGAAGACGAGGUAACUACCUCCCCUGUGCUUGGGCUAAAGAUAAAGAAAGAGUGCCCGGGACUGAAACCAAGCGCCAGCUCAGGCAGCAGGAACCCCUUAGGUGAGUUCAUAUGCCAGCUUUGUAAAGAGGAGUACCCGGACCCGUUCUCCUUAGCGCAGCACAAGUGCUCUCGGAUUGUCAGGGUCGAAUACCGCUGCCCCGAGUGCGAGAAAGUUUUCAGCUGCCCCGCCAACCUCGCGUCUCAUCGCAGGUGGCACAAACCUCGCCCGCCUAACAGCGAAGACAAGCACAGUUCCAAAAAACAGGAGGUCGCCCUUGAGCUGGAAACGCUCAAGCCGCUGGUCAAAGGCAAAGAGAACGCCGGUAAGCUCCUCGCUCGAGAUCAGCACCACGCGUCUACGGACAGCUCCCUCUGCCAGGGUGCCGAGGCGCUCCUCAAACACGAAGCCAAGCUCGCCUUUCAGGAGAGCGCCUUGUUCCUGGACCCUCGUUUUCACCCACCAGGGGGCUCCUUAUUGUUCGGAAGCAAGUCCAGCGCAACAGGCAGCGACAAGAUGCUGCCUUGUACAGACGCAACAGACGAGGUGGCCCUGCCACAUUCGCCAACGCCCGGCUUGCAAGACGAGCUGUUUGAAUGUCACCAUUGUCAAAAGAAGUUCCGUAGGCAGGCCUACCUCAGAAAACACCUGGCCGCACACGAAGCGGUGCGAUCGUCGUCCUCUUCGACGUCCUCCUCCUCCUCCUCCUACGGUCACAUCGAAAGCGGCCAGAUCACUUACCCGUGCCAUCUUUGCGGGCUGCACUUCCCGUCCGCCGAGAUCAGGGACAAGCACCGGCUGUGGCACGCUGUACGAGAGGGCAUCUGCGGGACCUCGUUAGGCCGACAGGACCCCGUACCAGGAGAGCAGCAGAUGUACUCCUGCAAACACUGCCCCUCCACCUUCUUCAGCUCGCCCGCCUUGACGCGACAUAUCAACAAGUGCCACCCGACCGAAAGCAGACAGGUGCUUUUACUGCAGGUGCCCGUUGGUCCAGGGUGCUGACUGUCAGUAAGCUGUCUUGAGACAUUUAUGGUCAGACCUUUUCACAAUUACCAGGAACCUGAAGCCGAGGCGUACACCCGUUUAAACGGCCGAGGGUCGCUCGGUGAUGUUGGGGUGACGCAGGGCAGCGCCUGGAAGGCAGUCGGAGCGUUCGAUUAAGUCUACUACCCAAAGUACUGAUGUUUGAGAAAUAUUUAUGGUAGUUCCUAUGGAAAUUAAAUGUGAUUGUUAAGUACUGUUGUAGUGUUUAUAUAUGCAUAUAUUUUUAAAAAGAAGUUAUAUAAACAUAUUUUAUUACGGGCAUUACCGAGGUUUAUUGUUUUGUAUCAAAAGCAAAAACAAUUUUGUGUAUGUGACUUUCAUAUGAAACCUCAUUCAAAACCCCAUUCAGUAAAGUGAAGUGACCAGGGCCAGGUGGGCACCUGUGCAAAUCGCCACACCCCCCAUAUGAGAACACAGGAUGUGCCCACCCUUCUCUUUACUUCCCCACUGUCAGUAACCAAAGAGCUCGACUGUACUUGAUAUUUGAUGUAAUCUGUAUGGCUCAUUUUCAUCCAUCAAAUUCCGUGGUUUCUUUUAAUCAGUUACAAUUGCAGGUGUAUUUUCUCAUGUGUAUAAUGAGAUUCUGAAAUUAU